AUGGAGCAUCUCAUGCUGAAUGGAAUAUGGAAAGAGUACAAAGUAUGGGAUCAUCAUGGAGAGAGUGUGUCAGAUUCAGACGACAGUGACGACGAUAUGGAAGAUCAUGAUGAAUAUGAUCUGCGUGAGAUGGUGAAUGAUUUUGGAAAUGCUAUGAAUGCCAACUUGGGAUCAUUUGAUGGUUCAUCACCUGGCUUGCAGGAUGACAUGACUACAUCUACAGGUCCUACUGAAGAAGCUAGCAAAUUUUAUAGACUUCUUGAAGAGGCAGACCAUGAGCUGUACCCAGAAUGCAGUACCUUCUCUACACUAUCAUUCAUUGUGCAAAUGAUGAACAUCAAGUGCCUAUAUGAUUUGAGUGGAAAUGCAAUGGAUGCUCUAUUUACUCUGUUUUGGAAGGGCAUGCUUCCAGAGCUAUGCAACUUUUUUCGAGAAAUUUGCUCAAAAGUGUUAGAUGUGGAGAUCCUUAAAAGGCCUGAUUCUUCAAUUGCUAUUACUCUUUGCAAAUUAGAAAAGAUAUUUCCUCCAUCCAUGUUUGAUGUAAUGAUGCAUCUACCAAUCCAUUUAGCUCAACAAGCAAUGAUGGAGAUGAAUGAAUUGAAUAAAGCACAAGCGUACGUUCUAAAGAACUGUGAAGAGGCUGCUCCAUAUACAGGCAUUUACAAGGAAUAUUUAAGGACACAGAGCACCAGAAAUGUAGAUAAGCGGCAUGAGAAAGAGUUCUUUCAGUGGUUCAAGAACCAUAUACCAGCUAUGUAUUCCAAAGGAGAUCCUUCUGUUUCCGAUGAAUUAUUUGAUCUAGCAAGAGGAUCCUAUACUAGAGUGACACAUUUCUCAAGUUAUAUGGUCAAUGGAUGGAGAUUUAACACAAGGGACAAAGACGCCCUAUUUCAAGCACAAAACAGUGGAGUCUAUGUCAAGGGCGAUGAAGGAACUAGAAACAAAUAUUACUUUGGUGUCUUGACAGAUACUGUGGAGCUUUUAUAUGGGACUCAUAAAGUUGUUCUUUUUAAAUGUGAAUGGCUGUCAACAGAUGAGCCAUAUGUUUUGGCUUCGCAAGCAGAGCAAGUAUAUUAUGUGAAUGAUACUCAAGAUCCAAAAUGUCCUAAAGCUUACCAAGAAAAUGAAGUAAUAACUGUGCCGAAUCCAAAUACAAUAGAAGAUGAUGACACAAGUAUAUUGAACACACCUCAAGUUGAAGCAGAAGUUGAAGGUAGGGCUAUGGCUGUAGAAGGUAAUCCGAUACUCCAUUACGAGGGUGACGUUGAAGAUGAAGAUGAGCAACAAGAAUCUGAAAGUGAUGACAGCCAAGGUGGUGAGUACAUGGAUUCAGAUGACGAAGACAGUGAAUCGGAAGAAGAAAUAGAUGAUGACUAG